AUGCUGCAUCUGAAAGGUUACGGUAGCAGCAACAGUGAUUCGGAACCGGAAGACAAACAAACGACGGCAACGAAUAGUCGAACAGAUGGUGAAACUUCGGCGGAUGCGACUGCUCACCUAAAGCCAAUCGACAGCCAGUAUUCCGUAGGAAAAUCGUUAGAAAUAUGCGCUGCACCGCUGGUGGUACCGAUGGGUCAGUCGGAAGUUUCGCGCGCGAUCCAACCCACCGUGAAGGAAAUCAACUACAAUCCGCGCUACGAAGAGCUUUUUGCUCCGGUUGCAGGUCCGGAGAACCCUUUCCUAACACAGCAAAUGAGAGCACCAAAAAACAUGCUCACCGGUUUUGUGGAGAAUGCACACAUCAGCGAUUUUCAAUUCGAAAACCAGCGCAAAACGUUCCACAGUUAUGGGUACGCGCUGGAUCCUUCGGUUGACGGUAAAAAAGUAACCCCAGAAGAAGGCCCGAGUUAUGUCGGACACUUACAGGCGGCGUAUGACACCGACGGAGCAACCGUAUUCGAGUCGGCCAAAUCCAAGGUGAAUACCGGGGAAAAAAGAAAACGCGUCAAGAACGACGCCCCGGAGGAUGUGGAGGGAUUCCUCGGUCCUUGGGGUAAGUUUGAAGAUGAGCAGACGGUUGCACGACCGAGCGAAAAGGAGAAAGCUGAGAUCGAGGAAAUGAUGGCAAAGAAACACCGCCGUCACAAGGUGAAGGAAGAUAAACCAAUCGAAGAAAAAUCCAUUUUGCACAUCAAAGACGCUUUCGAUUAUCAAGGACGAUCAUUUCUACAUCCUCCGCACGAUGUUGGAGUUAAUUUGCGUAGAGCUGGUGCGCCUGACCGUUGCUUCUUACCGAAAGCCCACAUUCACAGCUGGACGGGUCACACGAAGGGAAUUUCCGCCAUUAGAUUUUUCCCCGUUUCUGCCCAUUUGCUGCUGUCUUGUAGCAUGGACGCUCGCGUGAAGUUGUGGGAAGUGUACAAUGAGCGGCGCUGCGUUCGUACCUACUCUGGUCACCGGCAGGCGGUGCGUGACGUUAGCUUCAACAACAGUGGCGAGCGAUUCAUCUCAGCCGGAUAUGAUCGGUACUUGAAGCUGUGGGACACGGAAACGGGAGACGUGAUAUCUCGGUUCAACUCGCGUAAGAUUCCGUUCUGCGUCAAGUUCCACCCGGAUUACAACAAACAGCAUCUCUUUGUAGCGGGAACAUCCGAUAAAAAGAUUAUUUGUUGGGACACUCGUACGGGUGAAGUUGUGCAGGAGUACGAUCGCCAUCUCGGAGCGGUAAACACGAUCACAUUCGUGGAUGAAAAUCGACGCUUCGUGACGACCUCAGACGAUAAGAGUUUGCGCGUUUGGGAAUGGGACAUCCCGGUGGACAUGAAGUACAUUGCCGAUCCAACGAUGCAUUCGAUGCCGGCCGUAACCCUAGCCCCGAACGGGAAGUGGCUGGCGUGUCAAAGUUUGGACAACAAGAUCGUCAUUUUUUCUGCAAUUAAUCGGUUCAAGAUGAACCGCAAGAAAACGUUUAGCGGCCACAUGGUAUCGGGAUACGCUUGUAAUCUCGAUUUUUCGCCUGAUAUGAGCUACCUGGUGUCGGGUGAUGGUGACGGCAAGUGCUACAUCUGGGACUGGAAAACGACGAAGCUAUACAAGAAGUGGCAAGCGCACGAUAACGUCUGCAUAGCGACACUCUGGCAUCCGCACGAGGCCAGUAAGCUUGUUACGGCAGGAUGGGAUGGUCUAAUAAAGUACUGGGAUUGAGGAAUCGACGGAAUCAACGAUAACGUUGAUGUAAUA